AUGUCGCAACCACCCCGUCCGGCGCUCAAGCCAGGGGACAGGAAAGAUUCCAAAGUCCGGUUCUCUCGCGAAGAAUUAGCUCCUAUUCGAUCCGAUCCAUCUGAUUUCCUCCCUGCUCAUAAUCACGAUGCUGUCCCUGCUAGAUCAUCGAUCGUAUCUACCUAUUCGGAUGCUCAAGAAGGGGAAUACUGCGAUUCAAACGUUUAUUCAUUCCAUUCUGAACCUAUAGAAUUAAGCGAAUCGAUUGAUGAUCCAACUCCUGUUCAGCCAGGCUACUAUCGACAGAUUCCGGAGCAGCAGCAACAACAGCAACAGGCUGCACACGAUGGAUAUACAUCUACUCCACCUAAGGUUGUUGGGAGUAGAAGAUGGUCAUCUGCUCAACAUCGACCUACACUGGAUACACUUCAUUCCACCGAAGAAGAAUAUCAUCAACAAAUUUCUGCUUCUCCCAGAGACUCGAUUACUCAACCAUACCGUGAAGAUGCACCAUCACCUUACAGACCACCCUCAUCAGCUUUGAGGUCUUCCUUGGUCCAACGAGAUCAUCUACCCGGUAAUAAUAAUGAGACUUCAGGAGCAGGAUAUUACGUUGAACAAGAACCGCCUUUCACUCCUAACAGAACAGCUAGAUCCUCAGCUCCUAAUAUAGGUUAUACUCCACCCAGAAGAUUGCUAGAACAACAUAGGUUCUCUGUACCAGCCCAAUCCCCUAAAGGAAACUCACCUCGUCCGCAAACUCCAGGUAAUAAGGACAAUGACUUAUAUUCACCGGGGAAUAGAGGUACGUUCGGUGAAAGAAGGUAUUCACCUGUACCUCCUUAUUUGGAGGAGUACCCUCCUCCUGAUCGAAGAGAUUCCAGGUUCCAAGAAAGAAGAAACGACCAUUAUGAUGUUGGUAAAGAUAGGUUAUGGGCUGAAGGUGGAUAUCAAAAGGAAAGAAGUGAUUCAGAAGGCACAUUGUAUGAUGAAAAAGUCAAAUCGAAAUACGUCAAUUCCCCAGGACCUGAACCUCUCCCAAGAAGACAAAGAAGCUUAAGCGACUCUUCGAAACUCAAUAUUCCUAACGCAAGUGGAGGAAUGAGAAGAAGAACUACAAGACAGUUAGAGGAGGACGAUGAUGAUGACACUUCAUCCUACCACGUAAAAGGGGGAGUGUUUUCACAGUUAUUGAGAUUGACUGGAAGAACCAAUACGAUGCAAAGAAAAGCUUCAUCAAAAUCAGCUUUCGGAGCCUCUUCUGGACCAGGAAUGUUGCCUACAAUGAAAUCUUUAGGUUUAAGAAGACUGGGCAGUUCAGCUUCAACUGUCUAUGGUCAAGAUGAACUGGAUCCCGAUGACCCAAGGGUUACUGGGCAAAAGAAGAAGAAACAUAGAAGAAACAGUUUAUCGGAUUUACCAUUCAUGAGGACCAACACGGAUGAUAGUCUUUACCCUGGAGGCAAGAAGAAAAGAAGAGCUAGUAUUCAACUACAUGUUGCGGAUAUCCUUACAAGACAACAGUUCGUUCUGAAAUUAGCCAAAGCCUUGAUGACGUUUGGGGCACCUUCCCAUCGAAUCGAAUCACAAUUGUCGGCCACUGCAUUGGUUCUUGAAAUUGACGCCCAAUUCAUUCACUUCCCUUCGAUCGUAAUUGCAAGUUUUGGUGAUAUGGACACCAGAACAUCUGAGACCCACUUCGUUAAAGUUCACGGAGGUGGAUUGGAAUUAGGGAAACUCCAUAAAGUCCACAAUAUCUACAAGAGCGUUGUUCACGAUGAGAUGGACGCUUCAGAAGGUACCAGACUAAUUCAUGCUCUGAUAAAAGCCCCAAUGGAGUAUAAUCUUUGGCAAAGGAUGAUACUUGCUUUCUUGUGUUCCGGUUUGAUCGCUCCAGUUGGUUUUGGCGGAAGUUUUGUGGACGGAUUGGCCAGUGGUGCUUUGGGUAUCCUGUUGAGUUUCAUGCAAUUGCAUGUAGCAAGCAAGAGUGCUAUGUACUCCAACAUCUUCGAAAUCUCCAUUGCAACUAUCGUCUCAUUCACGGCGCGAGGGUUAUCAACGACCGGUAUUUUCUGCUAUCAAGCUGUAGUAUCGGCCGGUGUGGUGCUGAUUUUGCCCGGAUAUACUAUUCUAUGUGGAUCGCUCGAACUUGCUUCGAAAAAUAUCAUGUCAGGUUCCGUUCGAAUGGUUUACGCGAUCAUCUACUCCCUGUUCUUGGGUUUCGGUAUCACGAUUGGAUCUGAUCUGUUCUACGUAUUUGACAAAUCCGCUCGAACGGCCUCGCAGGUUGCUGCUCGAGCAGCACAGUCUUACGUGACUAUCCAUGGAUCAUUUUUAUCCGAUACGAUGCUGAAUAUGACAUCGGAUACUACCGGUCUACCAAUGCCUUUGUUCAAUGGAACCUUCACAUUCUCAAAUGCGACAACGGAUCAAAUCACUUCUAACCUCAACCAAGGAGCGGUCAUAUGUGUACGGGAUCCAGAUUGGCCUUGGUGGAGACAAGGAAUGCCGCAGAUCUAUUUGAUCUUGUUCAUUCCCAUAUUCAGUGUCCUGCUAAGUAUGUGGAAUAUGCAGCCACUAAGAAGUAGGCAGUUACCUGUCAUGUGCUUUAUAUGUUGUAUUGGAUAUUUGACCAACGCCUUGGCAAAUCACUAUAUCUUCGAUAGAAGUGAUGUUGUUUCUGCACUAGGUGCUUUCGUUAUCGGUAUUAUGGGUAACAUCUAUUCGAGAGUAUUUGGAGGAACAGCAUUUACUUCGAUGGUACCCGGUGUUUUGUUCUUGGUUCCCUCCGGUAUAGCAGCUGCCGGUGGUUUAGCAAUGACGACCAAUCCCCAUCAUAGUGAUUCGUAUUCACAAGGUUUGAUCAUCGGUUUCAGAAUGGUUCAAGUCGCAAUUGGUAUCACCGUUGGUCUAUUUGGUUCAGGUCUAUUGAUUUACUCUUUCGGACGAAAGAAAGGGGCGGCUUUGUUCGCCUUCUAA